AUGCACGAUGCCAUGACAGCAGGUAAGAGCAUACUAGGGUGUAAAGGACAAAGUGCUUUGCUCCCAAUACCUUCCUUCAAUGUUAUUUCGGGUUUUGUGCGCGAUUACAUGCAUGGUAUUUUUUUGGGAGUCACUAAGUAUCUUGUUUCUUUCUGGUUUGACAGCCGAAAUCACUCUAAGGAUUUUUUCUUGUAUGAGUUAAUUUUAAAAUUUGUAACUGAAGUUCAAAUAAUGUAUGGGGAAGAAUCCAUGACCUAUAACGUACAUCUUUUGCUGCACUUCACUACCAGUGUUGUAAAUUGGGAGCCACUUUGGUGCCAUUCAAUGUUUGUAUAUGAAGGGUUUAAUUCCACACUACAAUCCUUUAUAAUGGGUACUCGUGGAAUCAAAAGCAGAGCUGUAAAAAAGUUUUUAUUACAUCAAGAGAUAUCUAAUAACAAUGUAUACCAACUAAUGUGUUAA